AUGAAAGGCAAGGGUCUAUGUAAAAAAAUCGAUCCAGUUGAAAAUUUUACAAAAGAUCGAUUCAACGUGAUUCCAUUCGAAAAACUGCUCAAAGCACAACGUCAGAUUGUAUCUGAAGAUGAAGAGGACCAAGAUAGUGAGAACAGCAAUGAUAACCCAACAAAAUCCGAUUCAAAUGCGAGAAUAAUAAAAAAUAAAAAGAGCCAUAACUCGAUAUUGAAAAAACGAACGCAUAAGAGCAGACCAAUCGAGAUCUCUUCAAAGAAGCCAGUGAGUAGAUUUCGCCAAGUGGUAGAAAUUCCUUCGGAGAAAAGACGAGAUCCACGAUUUGAUAAUCUUUCCGGGAAACUCAAUGAGGAUCUCUUUGAAAAAUCAUACAAUUUUCUGGACGACUAUAAAAAGAACGAAAUCAAGACUAUAAAGGAACAAAUUAGACGGGCUAAAGAUCCUAAUACGCGAGAUGAAUUGCAAAAGUUGUUGACAAAGAUGCAAUCGAGAAUUAAUACCGAGCAUAUAGCUCGACAGAAGAAGCAACUUCGGCGUGAAGUAAAAAAGAAAGAAUUAGAACUUGUUAGUAAAGGGAAAAAACCAUUUUAUUUGAAGAAAUCUGCCGAAAAAGAAUUGGAACUCGUCGAGAAGUUCAAAAAUACUGAUCCGAAAUCCGUUGAAAAAAUAAUCGAGAAGAGGAGGAAGAAAAAUGCUACAAAGGAGCAUAGAUAUGUGCCGUUUAAACGACGAAAAACUUGA